UUUGUGUCAGUAUGCAAUCACAAUUGACUUUUCUUGGGUUCUGACAAUAAUAGGCAUGUGGCAUUUAUUCUGUAUGGAAAAAACUACAGUGAAUGUUUUUCUGCUGAAGAUGUUGCAAAUUCAGUAACACUUAAGAUUUAUGGUAUAUUAUUAUAAAGUUUGGUACUGUGAAUACUAUAUUCAUAAUGUUGCUUCUAUGCUGUCAUGCUGUUUGUUAUAAAAAACUGUUCUCCUUUUCUGUAUUUCUUUUCAUGAAAUGGACAGAUUGGCAUGAGUAUGCCAUAGCAUGUUAUAUCUUCUAGGAAGUUUAGAUGAUACCUCUGUAGAAUCGCCAUUUCUGUGGCAUAAUUUGUUCAUCUAGUCAUGAGGUAACAUUAAUGCUGCAUAAUUUAUUACUUCUCUCAUUACUAGAAACAAGGCAUGGAAGGUAAAACUAUCCGUAUAAUGUGUGGAGUAGGUGUUUCUGAAACUAAGGAUAAGGAUGAUGUAGACUUGAUGUGCCAUUAGAAGGUGAUUUAAGACACCAAUUAUGUGUUUCUAUUCAUAAACCGUUUUUUUGUUGAACAUCACGUUGUUGUUUGGUUUGGUCACAUGUUGUUUUAUGACUGGCUGUUUUUAUUUGAAGUUGUAAGCAAUUGUUCUACUGCUUAGCUGCAUGCUUGUGCACAUAUUCAGUAUACUGAACUUAUCUCCUAAAGUUCUUGUUUUAUGCAUUUGUGCUACUGUUGUUGGAGGCAAAGGUGAUGUAAAAUUCAAUCUUUCCUUUUGCUUUUACGCCAGCCAUGCUUUUGGUUAUGCUCCAAUCAUUCUUUUAUCAGCUGCCCUGACUAAGCUAUAAUUGCCUCUUUUAAAAUGUGUGCAAAUGGUCACUUUGACAUCUCAUUUAAGGCAAAAGUGACAUUUUUCUUAGUUUUCUGUAUUUUCUGCAAGCCUGUAACAUUGCUCAUAUAAUUAGCUGCAAGCAUGUAACAUUGCACAUAGAACGUACCUAUUACAGUUUCUUUGUACUAUUGCAGGUUCGGUUGAUCAAAGCUUGUUCUAAAAGCAGUUAUUAACCAAAAAUAUCUGUACAAGGUACUCAUUUCGUUUUUCCCUUAGAUUUUAGUAUUUCACAGUGUUUGCCAAUGUUCAUUGAUAAGUCGAAGAGCUUGGCUAUUGCAUUUUUCUGAGAAGGUUGAGGUUGCCUUCUCAUUACCUCUUUUCAUCAUAUACCGGUAUGGUCUGGACAUGCAUUUGAAAAAUGCCAUUGUCAGUGACUGAGGUGGCUCCCACCUGUCAGUGACAACCGAUGGCAAAUUUCCAAUUCUUGAGAAUUGUAAUGGCAUGAUUCCAACUAGCCCUUAUUUAAAUAACAUUGUUUGCAAGAUUCGCUAGAAAUACUGCAGUUUUAGGUCCGUAACUAGAUGAAAAAAGCGAAUAGAGUGAUCCAACUGCAUAUCAAUUGUUCAGUAGUUCCUAUUAUCUGUUGGGGAAGAUCUGUAUCAACUUGCAUAUGUACUUCAAAUUAUUCAUGAUCAAUUAUUGGUCAUGCACUCAUUAAAAUAUGGAGGGUGGAUAUUGUAUAUAAUCACCCUGGAUAUUGUCUUUUAUUACAUGUUUGUAUGGCGCCUUUGUGGCUAUUGCAUUGCCACGCAUGCAGAAAAACGUUGAUAGAAGUAUCUUGUAAAAGUAAAGUAUCAUGCUUAACUUCUAAAGGAGGAAAUGAGGUUAGCAUGCACAAAUCUAAAUUCUAAUCCAAUUGAUAUAUUCAGAAAUGAGGUUACACCAGAUAUUCUUUCUUGUACAUAGAUAACUUGAUAAUCAUGCAUCGAUUGUGAUACAAAACAUUCUAUAUAAAUGAACAAAAUAUGAACUUAUUAAUCAUGGAAACUAAUUAUCGAAUUCAGCACUAAAUGCUUGUGAAAUAAUGCAUAUUCUGCGAUGGCAGAGAAAGUGCAAAGCCAUGAGUAGAUAUCCAAAUUGUGAUAUUUAGUAUACCGCGAGCGCCCAAUUUUCACUUGAAGGUGAUGGCAGUGAUGGAAAGGGCCUACUGAAUUGUAAAUUGCUAAAUUUAACGUAGUAUAAGUUCACACCUAAUAGUGCUAGUGAUCUGAUUGUUAGUUUGUAUUGCAUUUGGAAAAGAAACAACGCAGGAUGGAUUGUCAUACUUUAACUGAUCAUGAUUUCUAAGGCAGUCUCACAUUUUAAGAUAAACAUCCACUAAAAUGUAAUUACGCUUUUACGUGUUACUUAAAUCAUGUUUUGUUCAGUUCUCUUAAUAGUGAUACCUAUUACAAUACUUAAUCUUCCUGCAAGAGAGGUGAGGUUUGCAUUUACUCAGCAUUCAUGAAACGAGUUUUGUUUUUAAUAAGCAAAAAGUUUUGUACUUUGUACCUGUUAGUCUGUGACAAGUAUGCAACAGUAGUACAGUACUAUGGCACCAUUCUUCUGUGGUGUAGGGAUUAAGUUCCAGGUUUUGUCUGUGAUGAUCAUUUGCACCAGGAUCAGAAAUGAGAAAACCUGGUCAGAAUUUUUUUGGUAGAUCAUAAUGAUUGAUUUACCAAUUUCCUGCUAUUAAUCCACAUACACUGCAUUUCAUUUAGAAAUAGGGAAUUCUGUAACUGCUGCAUCAUCUUGGUCCAAAUUGCAUCAGCUGGCACUAGCACCGUUGGAACCUGGGUGCAGACCACUAAGGCAUUAAUGCCCAUUCAGGCUAGCAAGAUCUUGCCAAGUGUGGCGUCAUAGAUUUCAAGUUUCCACAGCUGUGCAUAGCUGCAUGCCAGUGUGUAGGUAUGUAGUAUAUCAGAGAAAUGCACGGACAGAAUUUCUCCUAUUCUCAUUCGGGACCAUCCUUCCUGCCUUGGCUCCUUGUAAUGCCAAAAAGGAACGAUGGUGGUUUCAUGAGACUGGUUACUUGUUGAAUGAAGAAAAAUGUGGCAAACACCAAUUUGAUUGUUGAGGAAAAAUGAACGGUGGGUACUGGUCCUGGCUAGAUGUGCAUACCUGUCUCUUUUCAUGUCCUCUUUUAUCCUUCUUUUAUUCCUGGACUGCACUAUAGCUUAUGGUGCCUCCAACACUCCAUACCUUGAAAGCCAAAUUAUAGAGCUGAAUGGUAUGUUUGUUUUUCAUCUGACAUCUCUAGCAGGUGGCCCACGAAUUCACCAUUUUUCAAUUCAUUUUUUUUCGUUUCUGAGGAUAUAAGCACAACCAUGAGCCAUAAUAUCUUACUAUUGGGGUUCAGGGAGAGGUAAGCAUGUUAUCACACUUGUGUUUGAAAACUGCAAAUAAUUAAGCGCAUUAACACCCUAGCAGAAUUGUUUUUGAGGUCUAUAAAGCCUAUGCUACCUACAAUAUCUAUCCAUGCGGUCAACCACAACGUAGAAGCUGAUACAACAUUGAGAUCUCUGUGAAUUUUCAAACAAUACACAUAUGCAAAUAGGGACAAGAGUCCAAAAUUCUUGCAAAAUACAAGCACAAAGUUGCAUGAUUGGCUUGCCAAAAACCAAGGGCAGCACAAGUGUGUAACAAACAGAUAAUAAUAACAAACAUAUAUUAGGUAGGCAACUUGCACAAGUGUGCCUUUGUCUCUUCCCACUCAGCCUUUAUUCAACAUGGGAUGGUUUCUUACCCAGCCAAACCAUCAAGCAUGACAGUGUAGGUUGCCAAUCAGAACACUCUGGAUUGCAUAUUCACAUUACUUUUUGUGCCACUUGAUAAAAAAGGUAUUCUCAUGUGUAAUGAUGUUAAUCUUAUGUAUUUGUACAACAGUGUUUGUAAUAGAGCCAUGGACACAGGAAAUGCUGAGAAUUAAACUAUAGCUGCUGUCUUUGUUAGUUUGUUAUGGUGUAAACUGGCAGUAAACCUUCUGGUCCAUGAAAAGCCUGACAUGCACUGUGCUGUGUGAAUGUCUUGAAGAUAAUUAUUGGACACAAUAGAAAGCUCUGAUUGCAACUCUGUCAACAUCACAGCUACUGUUUCCUCCUUUCUCACCUGCCCAUUUCCUUAGUUAUAUAACAUGCAGCACUUCGCCAUGUUUGGUUAUUACAUGCUCGUGCAUGUAUGCUCCUGCAUGCUACUAUUAGACAGGGAGGUGAUCUCUUCCUUGUCUCUACUACAACAUGGGAGAACACCGAAAGGUGAGACAAGUGAGCAGAUCAUCCUGCCAAGGUUAGUAACAAGCAAGCUACUGCACCGCCAACAGCUGCAUGGUCAUGGAUCUGCCUCUGAGGUUUCGAGCGUAGUGGAUGAAAACUUGGGACAGAAACACUUGAAUGGCCACAAAGAUACAUUUGUAUACAGAAGGGUGUUUGCUAGUACCUGGAACGUUGGUGGCAUCGCACCAUCUGAUGAUUUGGACUUGGAGGAUUGGUUGGAUACAAGGGCCAGCACCUGGGACAUCUAUGUUUUAGGGUUCCAGGAGAUAGUGCCACUCAAUGCGAGAAAUGUGCUUGGUCCUACAAAGAACGGUAUAUCUGCAAAGUGGAACUCGCUAAUCGGGGAGGCACUCAACAAAAAAGAAAGAAAAGAAGGGGCAAAGUUGACCCAAGAAUCUACAAAUAGCAGUGCACUGGAGGGCACUGUGCAGGGAGAAGGCUUCAGAUGCAUCAGGAGCAAGCAGAUGGUUGGCAUCUUUACGUCAGUAUGGGUGAGAAGCAGCCUUAAGCAAUUCAUUCACCAUCUAGAUGUGUCAUGCAUUGGUUCAGGUAUCAUGGGCUGCCUAGGGAACAAGGGUUCUGUUUCGAUCCGAUUUGUGUUGCAUCAGACGAGCUUUUGCUUUGUCUGUUGUCACCUGGCCUCUGGUGGCAAAGAAGGGGAUGUUCUGCUGAGGAAUUUGGAUGUCACGGACAUACUUUCUAGGACAUGGUUCCCUGGUGGUUCAACUCAGGAAUUGCCAGAGAAGAUCCUUGAUCAUGAUCAAGUAGUUUUGCUCGGCGACUUGAAUUAUAGGAUCUCCCUGGAAGAGGCCGAGACGAGGUCGCUGGUGAAAGCCAAGAACUGGGCCAUCUUGUUAGAAAAUGAUCAGCUACUAUUUGAGUUCUCAAGGGGGCGGCAUUUCGAGGGGUGGCAAGAAGGGUUGAUCACGUUCUCUCCCACCUACAAGUACCACCCCAACUCUGAUCAGUAUUACUGGUGCUUCGAUGCUGCCCGGGGAGAGAAGAAGCGUGCACCAGCAUGGUGCGAUCGCAUUCUGUGGCGAGGCAAGGGACUGAAGCAAGUCCAAUACGAGACCUGCAACUACAAGUUAUCCGAUCACCGGCCGGUGAGAGCGGUUUUCCACGCCGAGUGCGAUGUAUCAGAGGGUGCAGAAGUAAACGGCCAGAAUCCUCACUGAACGCAGCAAGCGACUGAUGUAGAGAAGCCGUGGCAUUCAACCAACGAGUGCUCGCAUGGACGCGAGUGUCAAAUCAAGAAUUGGACGGGAGAUUUGACCAAGCGAGUAACCAAGAAAUUUCUUCUGAGACGAAUAUGAAAUCGUUUUUCCUCGAGAGGAUGAGAAUUUUCUGAACUCUGAUUGGGCUGUGUGCAACUCGAUUAAAGUAUUAUGAAUGGUAUUUGGGCCAGUGUAACAGGUUCAGAGAAGAUGCCCUCAAAAAGCAAAAGAAAAGAAAGAACGAAAAACAGGUUCAGAGAAGAGGUGCAGAUUUUUGUUUAUUCUAUUAGCGGUGCUAUUCAAAUAUUCUUUUUUUUCUCUCGUUUAAAAUUUGUUUAUUCAGGGCUUUGGGCUUUUAUUUUCCAUCGUUAGCCUUUUAUACUAGAAGAAUAUCGAUGUAUGUAUAUCAUUCCUCUCUACAAUUGGCAUCUGUACAUUACUUAAAGGCUUAGAUGUUCGAUUAAAAAAAAGGGUCCAAUGUCAAGCUCUAGCUGUUCAA